UGCCGCGCCGGGCCGAUGGCGGGCUCCGAGAGCCUGUGCCUCGCGGUUUUCGCUCCGGCUGGCAAGGAAGAGGGGAGCGGCCGGUCCCGCGAUAGCGUCUGCUCCGGAAGUAGUUGUAGCAAGUACUUCCUUUUCCCCUCCCCUUUUAAAAAGCAGGGAGGUGGGAGGCCGCCGGCGGGUGCCGGGCACACGCCCCUUGCUGGGCCGCGGUGUCCCCGGGAGCCGGGUCUCUCCCGCCGUCGUGCCGCCCAGCGCGGGCGCCGAGCCCGGCCGGGGAUGGACAGGGAGACGCGCGCGUUCGCCGAGAGCCACUUCCGACGCCUCCGGGGGCGACCUGCGGGCGCGGUGGGCGCCACCGCGGGCCGCGUGGACUUCAUCGAGAGCCCGGACUCCUUCUCCUACGCCGACUUUUUCAAGGGCUACCUGCUGCCCAACGUGCCGUGCGUUUUCUCCAGCGCCUUCACCGAGCGCUGGGGCAGCCGCAGGCGCUGGGUGACGCCGGACGGGAAGCCGGACUUCGAGCACCUGCUCCGGAACUACGGAGACGUGGUCGUCCCCGUGGCCAACUGCGGGGUCCAGGAGUACAACUCCAACCCUAAGGAGCACAUGCUCCUCCGAGACUACAUCAGCUACUGGAAAGACUACAUCCAGGGGGGCUACUCCUCUCCGCGCGGCUGCCUCUACCUCAAGGACUGGCACCUGUGCAGGGACUCCUCGGCGGAGGACGUGUUCACCCUGCCCGUGUACUUCUCGUCCGACUGGCUCAACGAGUACUGGGAUGCCCUGGAUGUGGACGACUACCGCUUUAUCUACAUGGGGCCCACUGGCACCUGGUCGCCGUUCCACGCUGACAUCUUCCGCUCCUUCAGCUGGUCUGUCAACAUCUGUGGGAGGAAAAAGUGGUUCUUCUUCCCUCCGGGGCAAGAGGAAGCCCUGCGGGAUUGCCACGGUGGCCUGCCCUACGACGUGACCUCGCCUGCACUCCUCGACAGCCGCCUGUACCCCAUGCGCAAGCACUGUAGCCCACCCCUGGAGCUCACACAGGAGGCAGGCGAGAUGGUCUUCGUGCCCAGCGGGUGGCACCACCAAGUCCACAACCUGGAGGACACCAUCUCCAUCAACCACAACUGGGUCAAUGGCUGUAACCUGGCCAAUAUGUGGCACUUCCUGCAGCAAGAGCUCCGGGCCGUGCAGCAAGAGGUCAGCGAGUGGAGGGACACUAUGCCUGACUGGCACCAUCACUGCCAGGUCAUCAUGAGGUCCUGCUCUGGGAUCAAUUUUGAAGAAUUUUACCACUUCCUCAAGAUCAUCGCUGAAAGGAGGCUCCUCCUCCUGGCGAAAGGGAUGGGCCCUGGAACCAUGGAGGGUGGCGCUGGCACCGGGCUGGGCCCCCAGCAGGCUGCUUUUGAUGUCAGCCGGGUCACAGAGGUGCUGGCAUCCGUGGUGGCCCACCCCGACUUCCAGAGACUGGACACAAGCGUGUUCUCACCGCAGCCGGAGGAGCUCCUGCAGCAGCUGGAGGAGGUUGUGGCCACUGCCGCCUCUCUUUAGUGCGUGGUGCUUGCAUCAUGCAGGGCCCUGAUGUGGAAGGCAGGUGGUUCUACAGUCCCAUCCGUAAAUAAAGCUCCGUGCUGUGUGGCAUGGGA